CCACAGCACGUUGCGUUUUGUGGUAACCACUUGAGCCUCCUUCAAAAUUCUUCUUGAAUUUGUACUGAAUGCAGUCAAGCCUCGACACAGAACGUCUCCAUCACUACUUUCCUGGAGUAAAACAUCAUUAAUGAAAGCUUAUCCAGUUAACUUAGCUUAGCUGAAUAGAAAGCGACGCAUUCAUUAGCAACUCUCAAGUGUUGUGAUUAUUUUUUGGGGGGAAAUGUGUGCAAAAAGUGUGAAAGAAGAGUACGAGGUGGAACUUUCUCAAAUCAAAGACGAGAACGAACGUCAACUACUCGACGCUCUUUUCAUGAAGCCUCCACUUUUGUUACACAAUCCAGAUGUCAGUGAAGAUCUUCAUGCUGAACAGCAUGAGUGGAACUCCAGUGCUGAACAGCGGGAGCUAGAGCACUCUCACAUUAAAGAAGAAGAGCGAAAAAAAACCCACAUAAAAGCAGUAGAGGACAAGCCAGGGGUCCCCUUUGUUAAAGAAGAGGAGGUUGAUAUAAUUAAGUUUCCCUUGAUUGUUGUGAAGAGUGAAGAUGAUGGUGAAGGUGAUGGAGAACACUGCGGAGGGUCACAAGCAGACUGCCUCAUAGCUCCACUAUCAGACAGUGACGACUUAACAUCACAAUCUGAUGACACUGGUGAUCAACAUUCUGAAGGUUAUAUGACAUGUCACACUGACGACACACACCGGAAAUGCUCGCAGUGUGGGAAAACAUUUAGUUCAAAGUGGGAUUUCAAAGUUCACAUAAGAAGUCAUGAAGAAGAAAAACCGUUCAGCUGUUCAGACUGUGGGAAAAGAUUUACCCGAAAGGGACAUUUGAACAUACACACAAGAUCACACACUGGAGAGAAACCUUUUUGCUGCUCAGUUUGUGGGCUUCGAGUAACUCAAAAGUUUAGUUUAACAAAUCACAUGAGAACGCACACAGGAGAGAAGCCUUUUGUCUGCUCAGUUUGUGGUAGCAGAUUUUCUAUAAAGGGGCAUUUACAAAUACACACAAGAACGCACACUGGCGAAAAACCUUUUGCCUGCUUAGUGUGUGGUAAAACAUUUUCUGUAAAGGGAUAUUUAAGAAGACACACAAGAACACACACUGGGGAGAAACCUUUUUCCUGCUUAGUGUGUGGUCUUAAAGUAACACAAAAGUUUAUUUUAACAAAUCACAUGAGAACGCACACUGGAGAAAAACCUUUUGCCUGCUCAGUUUGCAGUAAAAGAUUUGCUCGUCAAGCACAUUUAAACUUACACACAAGAACACACACUGGAGAAAAACCCUUUGCCUGCUCAAUCUGCACCUUACACUUCAAUGAACGUUCCAAAUUGAUUCAACACAUGAGAACACACACUGGUGAGAAACCGUUCAGUUGCAGUGUGUGUGAUGAAAGAUUCUGUCAUCAGUAUCAGGUUAAGAGACAUAAGUGUGCUGGUGAGAAGAGGAGCAGGUAAAAAAAAAAGCUACAGAACUUAGAGUAAGCAGCACGGUGCCCGACUGGUUAGCACAUCUGCCUCACCGUUCUGAGGACCAGGGUCCAAAUCCGGCCUCGCCUGUGUGGAGUUUGCAUGUCCUCCCCGUGCCUGCGUGGGUUUUCUCCGGGUACUCCGGUUUCCUCCCACAUCCCCAAAACAUGCACAGUAGGUUAAUUGAAGACUCAAAAUUUUCCAUAGGUGUGAAUGUGAGUGCGAAUGGUUGUUUGUCUACAUGCGCCCUGCGAUUGGCUGACAACCAGUUCAGGGUGUACCCCGCUUCUUGCCCGAAAAUAGCUGGGAUAGGGUCCAGGACGCCUGCAACCCUAAUGAUAUGCAAAAUGAAUUAAUGAAUGAACUUGGAGUAAACUGUAAACUUGCAACUUCGACUUCUAACACCACUUACCAAGUUUGAGGCAAUCUGGUAAACUGUAAAAGUGUAUAUGGGACCCUCAAUUUAAAUAAGCAAGUAGUCAAACAGUGAUAGCGUUGAGAAUCUAAUAAUAUUCAGGCAUACUUGCGUUGCUUGGAUUGAGUUAUAUAAAAGUUCUCAUUAUUGUCAUAGUACUGGUUUGUUUUUUAAACUGCUGUGCAUAAUCAUUUGGAAGACUGUUAGGAAUUUUUUCAAAUAGAAAUACUGGCAUUGUUGUUUUGUUAAAAAAAGCGAAUGGUUGUUUGUUUCUAUGUGCCCUGCGAUUGGCUGGCAACCAGUUCAGGGUGUACCCCGCCUCCUGCCCGAUGACAGCUGGGAUAGGCUCCAGCACGCCCGCGACCCUAGUGAGGAGAAGCGGCUCAGAAAAUGGAUGGGUGGAUAGAAGUUAAUGUCAUUUUAGGUUAUCAAAAAUGUUAGUCACUAUAAAUUGCAUUGACUAUCUCAGAAAAUGAACAAAAACAGCUCAUGCGCAACCAUGUCGAACACAGAAAAAUUCAGAGUCGCCAACAUUAUCCCCUGACCUCAACCGUAUUUAUAACAUGCAGCGCAUCUUGAAAUGAAAGGUGUAUAGAGUAAAUGGCAAUAUACCUUCAAACAACUACAUUGGUAGGCAAUUCUUACAUAAUCAUUUGCUACACUAU